UCCUCCGCUGUUCUAGAAUCUAGUGAGACAAGAAUCGGGGUGGACAGACUGUUGCCACCCCUUUAGAGAGAGAAAAGAUGAAACCCUUCCUUGAAAUGUUAUAUUAGAGGGAUAAACACGAAGAAAGUUUGUUCAUUUUUCGUUGUUUUUUUUGUGAUUUUUGUGCUGAUGUUUAAAAGAAAUAGGUGAAGAAAUUUCGAAGUCAAAGAAGAAAAAGUUAAAGAGUUAGAGCCAGAACAUAGAAUCAUUUACAGAAUUCCUCGGGGAAAAGAAGUAUUUUAGUGAAGUGAUGGACUCGAAUACUCCGUCAUCGAGUGCCGGAGGAAUUGGAUCGGCGGAUACAACUGGGGCCAGAAGGAAUUCGAAGCGACCUAAAUACUCAAGGUUCACGCAACAGGAACUUCCUGCAUGCAAGCCUAUUCUUACGCCUAAAUGGGUGAUUUCAGCAUUCUUGCUUGUUAGCAUUGUCUUUAUUCCCAUUGGAGUUGUCUCCCUCUAUGCUUCCCGGGAUGUGGUUGAAAUUGUUCAUAGGUAUGAUACUGAUUGCAUUCCUGCUGAUGCAAGAAACGACAAAGUUGGAUUUAUACAAAGCCCUCGAGUUAAAACCUGCAACAGAACGCUGACGGUUCCGAAAUAUAUGAAGAAACCGAUUUAUAUAUAUUAUCAGCUUGACAAUUUCUACCAGAAUCAUCGCAGGUAUGUGAAGAGCCGAAGUGAUCAGCAGUUAAGAAGCCCAGGAAGCGAGAAUGAUACAAGUGCGUGUAAACCUGAAGAUAAUAAUGGGAUGACAAUUGUUCCUUGUGGUCUAGUUGCCUGGAGUCUGUUUAACGAUACUUAUGACUUCACCCGCAACAACCAGUUGUUGGCCAUAAACAAGAGAGGUAUCUCAUGGAAGAGUGAUAGGGAUCAUAAAUUUGGCAAAGAUGUCUACCCUAAGAACUUUCAGAACAGCACUCGUAUUGGCGGUGCGCAUCUUGACCCAUUGAAACCGUUAAGUGAGCAGGAAGACCUUAUCGUUUGGAUGCGAACUGCAGCUCUUCCAACUUUCAGGAAAUUGUAUGGGAAAAUAGAGACGGAUCUUCAGGCUGGUGAUUUGAUCAAUGUGACGCUCAAAAACAAUUAUAACACAUAUAGUUUCGAUGGCAAGAAGAAACUUGUUCUUUCUACCACCAGUUGGCUUGGAGGGAAGAAUGACUUUCUUGGUAAAGCGUAUCUCACUGUGGGUGGAUUGUGCUUCUUCCUUGCCAUGGUGUUCGUUAUUAUUUAUCUAGUAAAGCCAAGGCAACUUGGAGAUCCAUCAUAUUUGUCAUGGAAUCGGAAUCCAGGUCACUAAACAAGCUGUUGACUGACAUUCUGGUGAAUGCAUUUUUAGGCACUACAUAACGGUUGAUAUUAUCUUGCUCUCUUAUCUUUUCAAAUAUUCGAAUGCUAUAACCCUUGUUGCACUGGUUUUUGUUGUUAUUGACCUGAAUUCCUCAUUUAAAUUUUAUUUAUGAAUUGAUUGCGCAAUGCCCUUUCUUCCA